AUGUGGUCGUCGUCGUCGGUGACGUCGGCCACCGGUGUGAAGUUCGCUGCAAAUGCAUCAACCAGGACGCUGGCUUUCGCGUCGGGGUUGCUGGCGAAGUCGUUCCCGACCUCCGCGGGCGCCGGCAAGGCGGCCUCCUCGACUGCAGUCGGCGCCGCGGGCGAGGGCAGCUACGACGGCUGCGGUGCCGGUGCGGCCUCCCCUGCCAGCGGCCGUGGCCUCUCGGAGGGGCGGCCGGCUUCCCCUGAGCGAAGUCCUCGAAGCUGCGACUUGGGUUUACGCGGCUGGCGUGCUUCCCGCUCUCGAAUGCAGCGCAUCCCCGCCUUGACCUGUUCCGGCGUCACCGGUCCAAACGGCCAGGCUGUCGCUGUGUGGCGCCGGGAGAGCCCGAUGAAGCCUUCCUCGUCAGGCUUCCUCGGCGAUGCGGUCGUCAUCCUGCGACGUACCCUGCUCUUUUUCCAACUGGCGCGACCGGAACUUGCCUGUGGGAAGGAAGUGUCCUCUACGGCCGCGGCUGGGCGCUUCCGUGAGGCUUGCUCGACCUCAGCAGGCUCGUCGGGUGUUGCCAGCAUGGACGUUGGUGAGGGCGUGGCGGCGUCUGUAGCCACCACGGCUGGUGCGACUGCUGGCGAGGCAGCUGUCGUGGCAACUGCGACAGGUAAUUGCCUGUCGCGACCCACAGGUACCAAGGACCCGGAGUCUCGUCAGUACCUUCACCCUGUCCGCAUCGGUUCCCACCGCCAGGCGUUGCAUGCAGAUGCAACUCUCCUCGGGAGCCAGCAUGGCGAUGGCGGCGGCAAAUUCCUCCUUUGA